GUUGUCAAGGGACAAGGAAUGUGGACUUGUCUAGUCAUCUCACAUGUCCCCAUGUUCGAGCCUAUUUCAUUGCUGUCAUGAGAGCGAAGGGAGUUCGUGCUAUCCAAGACUAUGUGAAGACUAUAGCGCCACAUAUUUAUAUGGAACCUUUACAUCAAUUUUUGCAACUCUUUGACGUGAUGAAGUUAGGAUUAAGACUGUUGGUUAAG